AAAAUUAUAGAAGAGCAUGUGUCUGAACAGUCUCUGAACAGAACUCGGUCUCCGGUUUUCCUAAAUUUUCAUCCAAUUUUUCCGAAAACUGUGUCAAAAUGUUGAUGCCCAAAGCCAACAGGAGAAAAAUCUACGAACACCUCUUCAACGAAGGGGUUAUGGUGGCCAAGAAGGAUUUCCAUGCCCCCACACACCCCGAACUUGAAUCAAUUCCCAAUCUUCAAGUUAUCAAAGCUCUGCAGUCUUUGAAAUCUCGUGGAUAUGUGAAGGAGCAGUUUGCAUGGAGGCAUUAUUACUGGUACCUUCAAAAUGAAGGUAUCGAGUAUUUGAGGGACUAUUUGCACCUUCCAGCUGAGAUCGUUCCUUCUACACUUCAACGCGCAGCUCGUGCUGAAACCGCGAGACCCCGCGCCAUGGCUCCAAGAGGGGAAGGAAAAUCUAGCGAAGACAGAUCCGCCUACAGACGUGGUGGUGAUGGCGACAAGAAAGCCGAAGUUGGACCUGGAGGUGGAGCCGUGGAAUUCAGAGGUGGUUUCGGUCGCGGUCGUGGAGCUCCCCCACCAGCGGAGUAAAUUUUUAUCAUACCUUGUAAACGUUAAAUUGUUUCUAUUUCAAUUGAGGAUGAAUAAAUCCACUCGCGAAUAAGAACGUU